GCUCUCUUUAAACAGUUUUUUUUUUUACUUAAAAAUAACUUCUACUUCCGUGUAGAUCAAUUGACAUUGAUUUGACACGUAUUUUUUCUUUGUGUAUUUUGAUAUGUAACAAUAAUUUAGGUGUGAAUGCGUGUGAGUUUUGGGUUGGCAGAGUUUUAAACUGUUAUUGUUGCAUUGUUUACUGUUGGUAGUGCAUUUAUUAGUCCGUGUUAGUUCAGUUAUUUUUCCAAUCUGAAAUAUCACGGAGGGAUGCGAAAAGACUGUAGAGAUUGCUUGGGGAUAAGAUAUCGCAUCGGUACUCUCCACCAAACGUGGAAGUGGCUGCAUCAAACUCAAAGUUUGCAUGAUCAUAUGGUUUCCCUGGCGUCGUCUGAGAGAGACGUUUGAUUAAAGAAUAGAUGGAACUUUAAUGAGCCAAUUUACAAAUUGAAAAUAUAAAUGGUCACUUGUCAGUAGAAAUAUUAUAGCGGUUACUUGUCAUUGCCGUUCAGCGUGUUUGAAUUCAUCUUUAACAUAAACUAGUGAAUCACAAGAAAGUGAGAACCUAGAAUAUUGCUAUAAAUAAAUGCUCCUAUGGUCGCCACUUUAAAUGGACAUGUUAAAAGUAGUAGCCUGAAAGAUUAUUUUCAGAAGCCUUUCGUAUAAUAGCUGAUGCUUGUUUGGUUCAAUAAAAUUUGAAACAAUUUCACCUGUAAAAUUUCAGGUAAAAUAGUAUUACACAAAUCUGAAGAAAAAAUAACUGCCCAGAAGUAAAUUUGUGACUGAGAAAAAUUUCACUGUGUGCUGCAAUGGCAUACAUAUUUGCUCAAGGUUCAAAGAAAUGCAGUAAUUUGCUUUUUCUGCUUAGAAGUAAUAUAACAUCACCCUACUCAUGUAGUAGGUCUAGUUCUGUGUCUAGUGUGACGUUAGCGGAAAAAGAAGCAAAUAUCAAAAAGUCAAUUUUGAUAUCACAAUCCAAAGACAUCUACACUAACUUAGCUUUGGAAGAUUGGCUGUACAAAAAUUAUGAUUUUACCAAGCAACAUGUUCUGCUAGUUUGGCGAAAUUCCCCAUGUGUUGUUGUUGGGAGACAUCAAAACCCUUGGCUUGAAGCAAGUGCAGAAUAUUUGUUGAAUUAUGAAGUGUCUGUAGCUAGACGAAACAGUGGGGGAGGAGCUGUAUAUCAUGACCCUGGAAAUGUAAAUUUUACAUUUUUCACCAACAAAGAAAUGUACAAUAGAAGAAAUAAUCUUGAAAUCAUCAGUCGUGCAUUAUAUAGAGAGUGGGGUAUUUCAGCAGACAUUAACACUAGAGAAGAUAUUGUCAUCAAGAAGAAUUAUAAAGUGUCUGGAACAGCAUCAAAAUUAGGCAGCAAGAAUGCAUAUCAUCACUGUACGCUGAUGGUGGAUGUCGACAGAUGCCAGUUGAGUCAAGCACUCAAAAAGAAUAUUGUUGGAGUUGAUACAAAUGCCACCAAAAGCAUUCCGUCACCCGUGUUGAACCUGAAUGAUGUGAACAGCAGUGUGACUGUUGAGAAGUUGCUGGGCGCUGUUGGCUGGGAGUACUUGCGGACUACCCCUCUCACAAUGCAGGAUGCAGGUCAUGACUUCAUUAGUCAGCAGAAUGGUUUUCAGCUUGUCAACCCAACAGAAGGCUGGUUUCCAGGUGUGGAAAAACUGAGGAAUGAAUUUGCCAGCUGGGAUUGGCGUUUUGGUAAAACACCAGAUUUUCAAGUGACAAGAAAAUUUUACAUCCCGGAAGAACUGAAAAUCACAAUUACCGUCAAUAAAGGAAUAAUUGAAAAUGUAACGUUAAAAGUUCCACAAAAGCUAAUAUUAGCCCAUGGGUUUAAUGGCAAUGCUUCAGUGAUUACAAAUUUAAAAGGGCAGCAGUUUUCAGUUGCAGCCAUUAGGUAUUUGGAAAAAUCUGUUAUUAAUUUAGAAAAAUCUUACAGAGAGGCGAGUGAGGAAUUAAACUUUGAAUCUGCUUUUGUAGCAAAUGAAUCUGGUUUCUUUUUAAAAGAAAUGUCUAAAUCAAGUGGCUAGAAAUGUUUUGUGGGCCUUUGAGUAAUAAUGUCAGUCACAUUUAUAUGACAUAGGUAAGACUUUUUCUUGAAAUUAAAUGUGACACAGUUAUGUCAUAAAUAUUUGUAUCAUUAUGCUUAAAAGUGAUAUUUGCUUUAAAUAUUAACCAAGCCUUAUGUAAUGGCUGGAUUUGUAUUUUGCUGCUCUACAUAUUAUACUUACAUAUUUGGGUUACUUUCAUUUUAAAUGGCUACACCAUUAGGAGAAUGUAUAGUUUUAUGUAAAGUGCUUACUUUAUAGUUAUUGUUUUAGUUUUAUUAAAUUGCAUGUUAACAUUAACUAAAUGUUAUGUGACAUUUUAAAGGUAAUUUUUAAAUCAUUUAUUGCUUAGCAGUGUCUUCUCUUGUGCUUAGGAUCUGUUUUAUGUUUAAAGUAAUAUAUAUAUUCUUUGACAGCUUUUAAGUAGCUAUGCCAUUUAUAUUGCCAUGUUUUCCAAUUCAUAUUGGUAGAGGCACUAUUAUUAAUUUUACUUUAACUUUUAUUGUUUAAUAUUUAAUAUAUUUGAUUAAGAAUAGGGCUUUUGUAUUCUUAUUUUUUUGCUGGGUUUGGACACACCUAAUGCUGCUGCAGCAAUAAAGCAUACAAGUUUUAUAACUGUUGGUCAAGCUACAACUCUGUUUUAAGGAAAGUUCUACUAUCAACCUUCAAUAAAAUUUAUCAUGUAAGUUAUCACUUAAUGAGCAGGAUCUAAUAGUUACAAUUUGCUGUUUUGAUGUUAUAAAAUGCUUGGGCUGCUAAUAUCCAGGGGGAGCUUAUCAGGUCAUGAGCUAUCACUGACGAUUUGUUCAGAAGUGGUAACUGGUAAUACAGGACUUAAAUAUAAUAGAUUUUUCUGUGUUUGACUGAGACAGAAAUAUUACAGUUUAAAAAAAAAAACCAUUAAGAACAUUAGAUUAAAUGGUAAAAAAUAAUUUCCUGGAAAAUUGGCUAUGCUGUCCAAUGGAGUAUGAUUAGUGAAGAGUUUUAUGAAAAUAUUUUUUUUUUGUGUGUAUUUAAAGUUGAAUAAUUCUUUAUUUCAAAAGUCAAUAAGCUUAUAAUUACACCAAAAGAAACUUGUGUGUUUUAUCGAGUAAAAUUCUUGUGGUUGAGGUUAAACCAAAUCUCAAUCUGCAGCAAUAAAUGCUUUGUGUGUUAUUUUUGUUAAUAUUUCUUUGUAAUGUUGUACCUACCUAAAAUUUGUUCUUGGUCUCUGGUUUUUUGUAAAAGCUUACUAUGAAAUUUAAACUUUGUUGGCCAUUUAACCAAAUGUUAUGCAGAAGUGUGUAUAAUACUUUUAAUACAUAAGGUAGAUAAAAAAAUACAGGAUGAGUUUGAAUUCAACUGACAAACUUCUGCUGCAGCUUCAUCAUGACACGACACAAUAAGUUGAAAACCUCUACGUGACUUGUGGUCUAAGUGCUUCCCAAGGUUGGUGGUACAUGUCUUUGAAGUAGGGGCAGAACAAUAUUUUUAAUGUAAAUAAUAAAUAAGGUAAGAUGUAUCACUGAAGUUAUGAAUUAUGUUUAAUUAAAUGAUGUUCUACAACCACCAUGAAUUUUGUUGCUAUAACGUGAUUAUUUCAUUGAAAUAGUUGGUAGUAACUAACGCCUUUAUUUUCAACAUAUCUUUAUUUUCAACAUAUUUUUGUGACAUGUUAUGCUCAGUGUUCCUUAUUAAAUAUUUUCUCCAUUAUUUACAAUACAAAUGUUGUUUAGCUUCACUUUGGAUGAUGUACUCCAGCCUUCGGAAACACUUUAGACCAUAAGUCGUUCAGAGGUUUUCAACUUAUUGAGUCGUGAUGAACCUGCAGCCAAAGUUUGUUGGUCAAAUUCAGACUUGUGUAUAUGUUUUGAAAUUUUUUUAUCAUUAUAGUUAUGUCAUACAAAAUUCAACCUAAUUAAUUUUUUUGCACUUAUUUUGAAAAUACUUUUCAGCACUUGUAUUUGUUGUUUUGAAUAUAAAUUAUGUUUUUGUUUACAAGUUUUGUUUAAAAGCUAAGCAUUACAUUUCAACUAUCCAGUCAAUGCUGUGAAGGUUUUCAAAACGUGUGAUCAUUCAAUGAAAUGCCAUUACAAAUGUCCGUGGGAAUCAGUUUGUGAUAUUUCAUUUUGAAGUAUGCCUGAGAUUCAUGGUGCAAUUAAAGCACCCUUUGUUUCUCUGGAUUUAAAUGAUUAAAUUGUGUGUAAUGCAACAUAAUUCACCUGCAAUAAAAAUUGAAAGUCUAAUGCUAAAUAUUCUCUCCAUUAUGCUGUCCUCCACUGCAGCAGCUGGUAUUGAAGUGCAACAAUGUUAGGUGAAAGAGUGAAAGAAUCUUAUUCUAUAUAUUGCUUAGAUGUGUUCAUUUGUACAUAAAUCAUGCAAAUGUAGAAAAAUAAAUUUUCAUUAUUAUCUGUUCAUUCAUUAAUGGGAUAGUUUUAUUAUAUACUUGGGGUUUGUGUUUGUCAGAUCAUCUUAGAGAUGCAGAGAUAAGGAAAAAGAAAGACACAGUCUUUCAAAAAUGUUAGAAUGUUUUGUUUUUAUUUGAAGUUGUUACUGGCACAGUUUGGUUAUUGUUAUUUUGUGUUUAUGUGUUUGUAAUAAACCUGUAUAGAGUAGUAGUAUGCAGUUGAUAAAAAGAAGUAAUUAAAUGUUCCAAAAGUGAAUAGUCUAGUUCAAACAGUUAAUGUUAAAUUGCACAGAUGUGAAAUUAAUGUAAAUUAUGUUGGUGUAGUUUUGUAAAAUCAGCUUGUGUGUCAGUAACAUUUUGUGAAGAUAUUUGAAGACAUUUGUAUGUGAACAGCUAGUAAUAGUUAAGCUGAAAUAGACAUUCUUUUACUACAACAUUGUGAGUGUAAUUGAAGCCAUGGAACAAGACUGUCAAUUGAGCUAGGGUUUUGUAGACAUUAAUAUUUUUAUUUUAGUAUGAUACUGUAUUUUCUAUAUGGGUUAAUGUGUUCAAGCUUUCUUGUGAAUUAUAUUAUUAACCUCUGAGUAGAAAUAAAAUAACAAUAUUUGUAUUUAUCACUUAAGUAUUUGUUAAUCACAAUUUACAUAACUAUCAAAAAUCAUUAGUGACCAUUUAUGUUUAAAGCUUAAAAAAAGUACUUUUAUAGACUCAAGUUUGUCCUUACAAUAUCACAAAAGGUCUGAAAGUGCUCUUUGUUAGUAUAUUUUAUACUUUGUUACAUUUUAUAGUAUCAAUUAUCAUAAAGUAACCUAGGUGUUGAAUAAAUUUAAAUGGGGAAACUUAAAGAGAAAUAAAUCAUAUUAAACGUA